CUAAAACAAAAUCAAAUUCCUUCCUUCCUCAUUCCUAAACUCCCCUUCACCAAGUUUCGAAAUCUUUGUGUGUGUGUGUUUUUGCAUUUGAAUGUUUAUGCAAGAAAGCGCCAAUAUCUUGAGAAUUGAGAAGCAUUUGACCAAGUGCUGGAACAAAGUGUUUGAACUAAGCGAAACAAAGAAUUAUCAAUUUUUGAAAAACUUAAAUACCAUCAUCAACGAAUCCAGGAUGGCAGCCAUACCUCAAGGAGCCUUUGCCGCUUGGAAAAUUCGUGAAUAUAAUGAACGUGAUAUGAUUGUUUCCCGCAUGAAAUUGUCUGCCACUGAUAAGAACGCUGGAUUUAAUCUUCAGACUCAACGUGAUUACUCACCGGUGAAAUAUAAUGACAAGCUAAUGAACUCCAUUUGGGGUAUAACAAAAAGAUAUACAUAUAUGUUUAUAUUUUUAAGCUCCAAAGACAUUAAAAUGUUUAAUUAUAAAUAUAGAGUAAUGCUUCUUAAAGUAGAUAUUAUAGGUAUAAUUUGUAUUUGA